AUGGAUCGAAUACGACGCUCAUUCCGAGAAUCAUUUCGUCGUCGUAUGUCCAGGCAACAUUUCAGUCGUAGAACUCCACCCGGACAAUCUUCACCGAAUAGACUAGCAAACAACUCAAGUUCUAGUAAAGCGGAAUUAUGGCAACCGGAUGAAAUUGCUGUUCGAAAUGGCACCUGCAAUUUCAAUGUUAAGUAUCUUGGCGGUAUCGAAGUAUUUGAGUCGCGUGGUAUGCAAAUUUGUGAGGGAGCUUUGAAAUUAUUAAGGGGACAACGAAGACGACCAAUUAAAGCAGUUUUAUAUGUUUCCGGUGAUGGUUUACGUGUUGUGGAUCAGGAGAGUAGUCGUGGUUUAAUAGUCGACCAAACUAUUGAAAAGGUAUCAUUUUGUGCACCUGAUCGAAGUCAUGACAAAGGUUUUGCUUAUAUUUGCCGAGAUGGAACAUCGAGACGAUGGAUGUGCCAUGGAUUUUAUGCGAUGAAGGAAUCGGGUGAACGCUUAAGUCAUGCUGUGGGAUGUGCGUUUGCAAUUUGUUUGGAAAGGAAGAAAAAGCGUGAUGCGGAAGUUGCUGCAGCAGUGCAAACAGCUGCAGGUUUACCACCUAUUGGUUGUGAGAAGCCGAGUGCCACUGGUUUUACUUUAGAUGAAAUUGCCCAACAAGUACCACCGAUUCCAAUUAGUUCAUUCGAACGAAGUAACUGUAAUGGCCCUUUUCGUCGAUUAUCAAUAACAGAGCGAUUACGUGACCCGCAAACUGCGAUCGUACAACCACCUCCUGCAACUUCAAAUUUGUCAUCCACAUUACACAUUACAUCGAAACCACGGCCUAUCGGAAAUCCACUACUUUUUGCAAGACAGGGAUCAUUGCGUGCACCUGCUUCAUAUAUCACCGACACCGCCUUGUUUCAUCGGCAGCUUUCACUUCGAUCAUAUCCAGAUUCUCCGAUUAAGAGGCUGCAGCAGAUGUCUGCAACAGUUAUAGAGAAAGAUGAGCCAAUUUUUGAAGAUGAUGAAGACAAAAGUUGGCUUAAUGAUGGUGCACUGAAUGAGGGAAGCACCUUUGAGAGUGCUCCAUAUUGUCCAGUGAAAUAUAAUGGAUUCAGGCAAUCGUUGUCGUAUACAGCUGCACCAUAUGCUAGUACCUGUGAUUUUAUUAGUACUGAAACAUAUAAUUUGAUGAAUUCUCCGUUACAAGUUCAAACCAAUUAUUCGUCAAAUGUUAGUGGACCGGAAUCCUGGUUAAGUAGUCCCAUUUCAACAUCCCCAUCAACGGCAAAAUCAAAAGCUGAUGAAUGGCUCGAACAGACAUUGCGCUCAUCACUAUCACUAAAUUCACCCAGAAAUACUGGUGAUCUCAGCAGGACAGGCGAUACGAUAAAUGAAGGUGGGCCUCCACCAGAUCAUCCACCUCCGCCGCUGCCAAGUUCGUCUAUCUUCCAGGGGACAGGUUCAAAGACAGCGAUCCGUUUCAGCAAUGACUUUUCGCAAUACGAUCUGUCUACCGCAACUGAAAACUUUUCAUCUUUGAACAAGAAUACUACAACCAUACCGUCAAUAUCAGCAGAAUCUGAGAUUGAUGUUUUUGGUCAGCCAGUGUUCAGCGCAUUGCUAUCAAACUCUCAGAGAAGCCAGAAGCAAGAUAAUCAGAUGAAUGAAUGUAUGAAUAACAGAGAAUCCAAAAAAACGGACGAAACUGAUCCAUUCGAUGUUAGAUGGUCUCAUUUAGCUGUAGACGUUGCGACAACAUAUCCAGUACCAGUUCGUUCAACCAAUCCAUUUUAUUCCGAAUCAAGCGCGGUGAAAAUUUAA